CAUCUGUCCAGAUUUCCAACUCUGAUCACUUGCAAACCGCGGACACAGGAUGUCAUCAUGACUUCCCUUCCCCGAUCACCCACGACCGACUUGGCCGACUCUACGGCGACGACGACGAUCAGCAUCGCAGACCCGGACCCGGACUCGGAGCUGACCGAAUCGAUCCAUACCGAACCCUUGGAUCAACUCGGGAACAAGCUCAGGUCAUGGAGACGGACCAGACAGAGGCUGCGGGGACGGGUGUCGGUAGCUUCUACAGGGACGAAUGGUGGGGACAAUCAGAACGAUAGCAAGGAAGCGGGAGAGGUAAAUGACGAUAGACAUCGUAAUCAAGCAGUAGAGCAGGAACCGGAAGAUGGUCCUCGCCGAUUCGAUCCCCCUGGUACGGCUACGGCAGGCAGUAGAUUGGACGACGAUACACGGUGCAAGUGUUGUCUCCGUCACAUCCUCCGAUCCUCCUCUUCCGUGGGUACCGGACCAUUAAAGACCGUUAGAGGAGGAAUCCGAAUAGCCGGGGUUGAUGAGGAUGAGGGUGAUCAGGGUGGUGGUCAAUGCGAGACGAUGAGGGAGAUCAAGGCGUUGGAUUCGGAUCUGAUCUUGAGCGCUGAAAUCGGCUUGACCCUCCUAACCCGCCUCAACACCCUCCAAGCGUCCUACGACCCUCUACUCAUCUCCCACUCCACCUUGCAAACGACCUACGCGGACCUAGUAAGAUCUUCACACCGUCAAGCCGAGAUCUGGGAGCAGGAGAGGGAACGGUUAGAAAGGGAUCUCGAGGCGGGGAGGGACAGGGAGGAACGCUUAGCGAGCGAAGUCAAGGGGUUGGAGGGGAGGUUGAAGAGGAUCACCUCUACCGGGACUGGGACCGGAACGGGACAAUCCCGGAAUGACGAAAGUGAAGAAUCGAGGGGAAAGGAAGAGAUGAUCAAGGAUCUCGUCAGCCGGAACGCGGUCUUGCAACAUCAACUGGAUCGCGCGCGGCAUCGGAUACCACAGUCGCAGUCGCUGUCAGGUUCACCAGCGAUCGGGUCGACCUCCCCGGACAAGAUUGGCGGUAAUGACAAUGGGUUGUCGGGGGACGAGAUAGAACGGAGGAAACGAGCCCGUCGGAUCUCGUUAGGGUACAGGUCUGGCUCUUACUCUGGCCCAUACUCGGCGGGAUCUACGCCUGGUAUCGGCCCACCGUCAAAUCAAGGGUUCGGAAGGGGGACGAGGCAUUUCUCGGAGAAUGCUGUUUUGACCCUCGGUUCAAGCUCAAGGGUACGGAUAGGAGAAGAGGGAGAGGAUCUUGGACGUGCUGAUGGACAGGACCAGAAUCAUGAGCGGGAUGAACAUGAACGUGACCAUCCCGGAACAGGCUCGACAAAUGGGGAGGGGAUAAACGAUAACGAGAGACGAGUCAAGCUACGUCCGCUCAGUUUGAGCUUGUCAGUGUCUUCCCGGUACACCCAUGCUGGACCUUCCGGAUCCACCGGAGUGGAUUUUGGUGGAAACGAUCAGAUGGGACAUGGGAGGAAGAUCUCGAUGACCCCUUCGGCGAGGUCGACCAUCUCUGGCAGGUCACCGGGGUUAACAGGGAGGGAGAGUUGGGUUUCGUCCUCGACGGGGGGAGUGGUUGGACUGGGAAUGGGCGCAGUCGCAGGUGUCGGAGGCGGAUGGGACUUGGAUUCCAUAGUCAGGGAGGCCGAUGGGACGCCCGUCUGGCCUCAACCUGCCAGAAACUCGGCUUCUCAGGUGGGUUAUGUUGCGGGACCGUCACAGACGGACCGUGCAGCGUCAGCCUCUGGCUGGAAGUCCGGGUCCGGGUCUGGCUCAGAGACGACUAGCCCGAGGACGACGAUGAGGGCCGGAUGUGGGUCGGUGGGGUAUAGCUUGAAUGGGAUAAAGCGGAGCAUGAGCGUGGACCGGUCGAAAGGAGGGAUGAGGAGGGUGUCGGGCAAUCAGACGGUAGAAAGUAUCGCCGAGACAACGGGCCAGGACGAGACUCACGAGCGCUCCGCUUCGAACGCCACAUCAGAAAUGGCUUCUGAGCACGGCUCGACGACGCGUCAGCGGAAACGCAUGUCGAGGUAUUUCCACACGCCAGCCUAUCGGCCGCCUACAUCUCCCUUGAUCAACGAAGAGUUCUCGUUCGCGGCUUCUUCCGAACCGGAUAGCAUGGUCGAAGGGGAUCGGACUUCGGAUUCAGAACGACCGCCUGCACGCAUGAUGGACUCCAAAUCGACCCAGACUGAGCCACAACUCCAAACCGAAGUCAAUCGCGAAGAUACGCCCCGCAUGAAGAGCGAUGCGCAAGUCAAGUUGACCUUGGCUGGACUUGGCAUCGAGGAAGACACGCCGAAUUCGUCGUCUCGGACAACGCCACAACUCAUGGAUCCGUACUCGCCUGCGAGUCUUUACAAUCCUAGCCACCAGUAUGCUCGCGACGUCGUCGAAAGCCGAACCGGCGCCUUGUUGUUGCUGGUCGAGCACGUCUCCAAGAUUCUCAUGCGGCUGAGACAAGCCGACGUGCCGAAUCUGACUAGGCGUUUGAAAAAGCAUCACCUCGUUGGUGGAGAUGUCGGCCAUCUGAGUCGAGGCGAGAUGAAGGCGCUCACCAACGAGAUUGGCGAGAUGCGGACGCACUUCCGCAACGUCAUGGAGGACGAGAGACGCCUAGGAGGAGGAAAGAACCCGUUGCAAGACAGUAUGAUCACGAAGAGAGACUUUCAGCUGCUACUUAAAUUAUUCAAGGAGAUCUUUGGCGAAUUGAUCGAGCUACGCGGGAUUGUCAACGACGUCACUGUCAAUCCGGCAGCGGCCGUCGAGCUUAGAAAGAGGCAAGAAGCUAUACAGGCAGAAGAGGAAGAAGCAAGGGGUAGGGGCAAGGCGAUCAAGGGAGGCAGCGGAUUAGGGUGGAUCGCAGCGCCCAUCACCAAGCUUUUCGCCGCACCGUCUUCGGACCCUCCUGCGCGGCGUCCGUCAGAUAAAGCCUUGUUGCAACCACCUGCCAUACGAUCGUCAGCCAAACUCAUGCCCUCGACGUCAGCAACCACGACGCAGGUCAGCGUCGAGUUUGCGAGUACGGGUCAGAUUCGACGGGCUACCGCUGGUUUGCCUUCGGCCAACGCGGACCAUAUGGACGAGCUACCGGUAUCCCCUGCCGAUACCUUGACUAGAAUACCUGGUCUCACUCGGCAGAGCUCAAACCAGCCGAGCGUUUCCCGAACACCGGCUAUACCCCUCGGUGACGGCUCUAGUCGAGGUCCACCUAUGGGCAAUAAUCGACAAAGCUUGUAUGGCAUUUUCGCUGGAGGUACAACAAGCGGUCCUCAGGGAGUACCUGCAAGAAUGAACCAGACAGUCAGCGGACGACACAUAUCCGGGCGCCAUCGCCGUCAGCUCUCGACCGUAGUCGAUGCUGUCAUCGAUGACGACGGGCCAGAUCGAGGUCUGGACGAAUACCAACCGCCUCUCCUUGAACGAACACUACGGCCGAGAGGGUUGUCUGACUCGUCAAUCCGGACCACAUUUCAACAUCACGGCAUCGAGAUUCCCGCUGGCCGGGAAGACAUUCAGCCAUCCGCAUCGCAAUACGGGUCGUACUGGCCGGCGACAUCGGUCGUCAAGACGCUCGGAAGGAGGAUUCAGGCAUUGACAGGCGCAGCCCACCCACUUCCGCCAUCACCAAUGUCUACGUCGGUGGCUGACGAGAGCUCGUCAGCGUCUCAAGAUUCGACCGCAGUUCCCUCGCCAGAUGUUACAACAAACGCGAUGUUGCAGGUCAGACCCAACGAGCCCCGAACGAUCAUGAAAAAGCGGAGCGCGAAUCAACUAGGGCUGGUCUCUCCGGCUUCUCUCACAGACGGAGGCGGUUUCCUGAGCAUGCUCUCAUCCAGCUCUACCAAUGAACCUGCGGCCAUCUCUUCCAAACACUCUUCACCCGGUAUUCAUCGUUCCGAAUCGCGUACCCGCACACGUCGGGUUCAAGCUCAAUCUUGAAUUUGGCAACUCUAAUGACUGUCGCAUAGUUGUGUUUACAAUCGGUUGCCUAUUGUACUAUCUUUGUAUUUCGUAAGUCCAAUAUAAUACAUCAUCGAGUCUCGGUCCU